CCACCAUCCAUACAUCUAGAAAGUAGGAACCAGGAACCUCUCCUCUUAGUUCACUUUUUCUUCGUUCUUGUCAUCCAUAUUGUAUUUAUAGAGAGAGAAGGAGGGGUGAUACAAUAUAGAAUAUUGUGCUACUUAUUCAAUGAGCACUAGUACUAGUAGAAUUCCUGGGGUUACAGAAAUGACUAGUGAAGUAGCACUAAAAAAUCCUGAACAAAGUAUGGAGCAAGUUGCUGAAGAAUUCAGUGGGAAGAGAAUUUUACGUAGGUUCGAUUCCUUGGACCUCGAAUCCUCCACUGUUCCCGGUCGUCAUGGCCAUGGCUCCAAGGCUGUGCGGUGGUCAGUGAUAUUGCAUCUAGCAUUCCAGAGCAUAGGAAUUGUAUAUGGAGACAUUGGUACUUCACCACUAUAUGUGUAUGCAAGUACUUUCACUAAUGGCAUCAAGCACAACGAUGACAUUUUGGGUGUUCUUUCUCUGAUCUUUUAUACCCUCACUUUAAUCCCUCUGUUUAAGUACGUUUUCAUUGUCUUACAAGCCAAUGAUAAUGGCGAAGGAGGGACGUUUGCUUUGUACUCUCUUAUAUGCCGAUAUGCUAAGGUUGGUUUGAUCCCAAAUCAGCAAGCUGAGGACCAGGAGGUCUCUAAUUUCCAGCUUGAUUUACCAAGUAGUCGUCAGCGGAUAGCGUCGGUGGUUAAGGCUAAGCUGGAAAACAGCCAGUUUGCCAAGUUCUUUCUAUUGUUUGCUACAAUGCUUGGUACUUCCAUGGUGAUUGGGGAUGGUGUCCUCACUCCUUGCAUGUCAGUUUUAUCUGCUGUGGGAGGGAUCAGGAAAGCUACUACUGAAAUCUCAGAAGAUAUGAUUGUUUGGAUUUCAAUUGCUAUCUUGAUCUUCUUGUUCAUGGUUCAAAGAUUUGGAACUGACAAAGUGGGCUAUAGUUUUGCUCCCAUAAUUUGUGUUUGGUUUGCAUUAAUCGGGGGUAUUGGCCUUUUCAAUUUCAUCAAAUUUGAUCCAACAGUCAUCAAAGCUAUAAAUCCACAAUACAUUGUUCUAUAUUUCCAGAGGAACAAAAAAGAAGCUUGGGUUUCUCUUGGUGGCAUUGUCCUUGCCAUAACAGGAACGGAAGCUCUAUUUGCUGAUGUUGGGCACUUCACAGUUAGGUCAAUUCAAAUAAGUAUGUGCUCAGUGACUUACCCGGCUCUCAUAUUGGCAUAUAGUGGACAAGCAGCCUUCCUUCGCAAGCACAAUGAUCUUGUCAAAGAAACUUUCUAUGAGUCCAUACCAGAACCUUUGUACUGGCCAAUGUUUGUGGUGGCCAUAUUGGCAUCAAUAGUAGCUAGUCAAGCCAUGAUUUCAGGGACUUUCUCUAUAGUCCAACAAUCUCUCUCACUAGGGUGUUUCCCUCGAGUGAAAAUCGUGCAUACAUCAACUAAGUAUGAAGGACAAGUUUACAUACCAGAAGUCAAUUACCUUCUUAUGUUGGCUUGUAUAAGUGUCACUUUGGCUUUCAGGAACACCGAAAAGAUUGGCAAUGCAUAUGGGAUAGCAGUGGUAUUUGUUAUGACUCUCACAUCAGCUUUCCUAGUGCUAAUCAUGAUCAUGAUAUGGAAAUCUCACAUACUUUUAGUUAUCUCCUAUGUUCUUGUCAUCAGUAGUGUGGAGCUUCUUUAUUUAAGCUCAGUCUUCUAUAAGUUUGCUCAAGGAGGGUAUCUUCCCCUGGCCUUUGCUGCAGUACUAAUGACCAUAAUGUAUAUUUGGAAUGAUGUGCAUAGAAGAAAGUACUUUUAUGAGCUUGACCACAAAGUCCCUUUAGGAAAGCUCAAGGACAUAGCUACAGACACAAAUUUGUGUCGAAUGCCUGGGUUGGCCUUGUUCUACUCAGAGCUUGUUCAAGGCAUCCCACCCAUUUUCAAGCACUAUGUGGUAAAUGUUCCUGCACUGCAUUCAAUCCUUGUUUUCGUCACUAUCAAGUCACUACCUAUUAGCAAGGUUCCAAUUGAAGAGCGUUUCCUAUUUCGUCGAGUGGAGCCUAAAGACCAAAAUGUGUUUCGAUGUGUUGUGAGGUAUGGAUACACAGAUACACGUUCUGAGGAUGAGCCUUUUGAGAAGAUGUUAGUUGAAAGAUUGAAGGAGUAUAUUAUAAACGAUUUUUGGUUCUCUCAAAGUAAACUAAGUAAUGGUGAAAAUGAUGGUGAAAUGGAUGUUGGGUUUGCUAAUGGAGAGGAUGAAAAUAAUGAUGUAAAGGAUGUUGAUGAAGAGAAGCUGCAAGAGGUUUUAGAGAGUGAGAUUGAGGCUUUGGACCAAGCAUCGCAUGCAGGUGUUGUUCACUUGAUUGGUGAGAAUGAAGUGGUUGCAAGCAAAGGAGCCAGUAUAGGAAAGAGAUUUCUGAUAAACUAUGCUUUCAAUUUCUUGAAGAAAAAUUUGAGACAAACUGAAAAUGUAUUUGACAUUCCUCAUAAGCGCAUGCUAAAAGUAGGCAUGACUUAUGAGCUUUAGGGCAUGUUGUGAAAAAGAUGCAGGUGCAUAAGUAAGAUAAGGUCUCUAUGUCAAUAUACAUACCAUUUCUUGAAUUAGUAUAGAUUUAUUCAUAUUGUGACGGAAAUGUUGGCUAAGAAGUUUCCACUUUCCACUGAUAUGCAGUAAAUGCCCUGCCCCAUCCUCUACUCCUAGGGGAUUGUGCAGAUCUUGUAAAGUGUGGAAUUUGAACUAAAUGUAUGUAAUGGUAACAGAAAAGUCCCUUUUACAUCUA